AUGGUGUUGGAGAUGUUCUUGAAGUACCACCAUUCAACAUUAAACAAUAGUCUCUUUUGCAACAUCUGUCCCUUGGGGAUCAAAAUUGAUUUGCCUGCUCUUUAUGUAUUUGGAGACUCCUACGUUGACAAUGGAAACAACAAUUUUUUGCCCCAUUCUGCUGUAGCAAAUUAUCUACCAUUUGGAAUUGAUUUUGAUGGAAAACCUACUGGUCGUGCCACCAAUGGUAGAACCGUAGUAGAUUUCAUUGCUACAGUGGGUGGUUUUCAAUACCCACCGCCAAUUUUGGGUAUGUCUGAGGCAGACAGGAAAACAAUUCGGACUGGCGUGAACUAUGCCUCUGGUUCCUCUGGAAUUCUUUCUGAAAAUGGACCUUCUAUGCAUAUGAAUGUGCUCAACUUCUUCCAACAAGUAGACCUGUUUGAGAACACAACCUUGAAGGAUUUGAAGAAUUCAUUUGGCAGCACAGAAAGUUUCACUGAAUACCUUUCCAAGUCUCUUUUUUUUAUCCAUACUGCGAGCAAUGACUUAGGGUUUACCUAUGAAACUACAACAUCGAAAGACUCUCCAGAUAAAUAUUCCCAAGUGCUUGUUGGAGAGCCUUUUAAGCAACUGCAGAGAUUGUAUAAGCUUGGUGCUCGUAAAUUUUUGAUGAACAACGUAUCUACGUUAGGGUGCCAACCAUUUAACAUAAAUACAAAAAACCACACAACAUCAUGCGUCGAAGAAGUGAAUGAGCGAAUAACUAUAUACAAUAAGCUUCUUUCCAAUUCAUUAGCAAAGUGGCAAUCCACUCUUUAGGAUCUAAGUUUUGGAGACUUUUAUAAGAUUUUUCAAGAUAUCUAUGCAUCGCUUGCAUCAUACGAUGUUCUUGAAGUGCCACCAUUCAACAUUAACCAACAGUCUCUUUUGCAAUAUCUGUCCCUUGGGGAUAUCAAAAUUGAUUCGCCAGCUCUUUACGUAUUUGGAGACUCCUACGUUGACGAUGGAAACAACAAUUUUUUGCCCCAUUCUGCUGUAGCAAAUUAUCCACCAUUUGGAGUUGAUUUUGAUGGAAAACCUACUGGUCGUGCCACCAAUGGUAGAACCGUAGUAGAUUUCAUUGCUACAGUGGGUGGUUUUCAAUACCCACCACCAAUUUUGGGUAUGUCUGAGGCAGACAGGAAAACAACUCGAACUGGCGUGAACUAUGGCUCUGGUUCCUCUGGGAUUCUUUCUGAAAAUGGACGCUUUAUGCAUUUGAAUGUGCUCAACCUCUUCCAACAAGUAGACUUGUUUGAGAACACAACCUUGAAGGAUUUGAAGAGUUCAUUUAGCAGCACAGAAAGUUUCACUGAAUACCUCUCCAAGUCUGUUUUCUUUAUCCAUACUGCGAGCAAUGACUUAGGGCUUACCUAUGAAACUACAACACCGAAACCCUCUCCAGAUAAAUAUUCCGAAGUGCUUGUUGAAGAGCUUUUUAAGCAACUGCAGAGAUUAUAUAAGCUUGGUGCUCGCAAAUUUUUGGUGAACAACGUAUCUCCAUUAGGGUGCCAACCAUUUAAUAUAAAUACGAAAAACCACACAACAUCAUGUGUCGAAGAAGUAAAUGAGCAUAUAUCUACAUACAACAAGCUCCUUUCCAAUUCAUUAACAAAGUGGCAAUCCACUCUUUCGGGAUCUAAGUUCGUUCUUGGAGAUCUUUACAAGAUUUUUCAAGAUGUCUAUGCAUCCUCUGCAUCAUACGGAUUUAAGGAUGUAAACACUUCUUGUUGCUUGGAUGCGAACGGGGCUAGGAUUCUUCCUUGCGCUCAAAAUGUUGCACCAUGCGAAGAUAGAAAGAGUCGUGUAUUCUUUGACCCAUUCCACCCCAGCGAAAGCAUGCAUUUCCUAUGGGCCAGGCGUCUGUUGAAGGAUUCCUCUGUUUGCUCCCCCAUCAAUUUGGUUCAGUUGAUGCAAGCUUAAUUAUGUAAACGCUUGGUUACUACGCAUGUCAUUGGUUUCACGAUAUCAUAACAAAACCACAUACAAGCAUGGUUUUUACUUGUUUGUAAGCAAUAAAAAAAUUGCCAAAGAGAGUUGAAUAAAAAAAAAAGGAAUUGAAUUUUUUUA